AUGGUCAUUCCUUCUAUCCCCGAUACCGACGAAUUCAUGAACAACCCUUCUAGCCCCGAUACAGACGUGUUCAUCAGAAGCCCUUCCCCCAAUUCCCGUGUUUUUCACGGGUUUGGUUAUGACCAACUUAAAGAUGACUAUAAGGUCAUUCAGUGUGUAUCAUUUGACUUCGUUUCUCUGCCAUCAAAAACUUUUCUUGAGAUAUAUAGUUUGAAAAGUAAUUCUUGGAGAUUGUUCGACAUGGACAAUGUUCUGCCUCAUCAUUCGGGUUAUCCUUGGCCAUUUUCUGGUCUCGAAGUUUAUAUGGAUGGAGCUUAUCAUUGGCUGGUUAGUAAGUUGAUCCUAUAUCAACCUGAACCUGAAAUAUCUCUCUUGUCAUUUGACCUGAGUUCUGAGAUGUUCCUUACAACACCCAUCGGGAAAGCAUCAUACACUAGACAACACUUGGCAGUGUUAAACGGAUCGAUUGCUUUAAUCUCAAGUUAUGUCGAUGACGUUGUCUUUCACAUAUCUAUUCUGGGUGAACUCGGUGUGAGUGAAUCAUGGAUCAAACUAUAUACUUAUGGCGCCUUCCCUUCCAUCCAAUGGCCCCCAAUUGGAUUUGGAAAGAUGGGAUAUAUAUACCUUAAAAAAAGAGAUUAUGAACUUGCAUAUGUUGAUUUGAGCACCAAAACAGUUGAGAAGAUUGGUAUUAGUGGUGGAGAGGAAUGUUAUGUUAAUGUCGGUCUUUACAAGGAAAGCCGUCUUUCGAUUGGAGGAUCAAGUAACUAG